UCCAGGCUGUGCCUUGUGUUGCAAAGGAUAAAGAAGCCCUAGCCCAAAUCUUCCUGUGGGCCACUCCUGAUCCACCCACUUGUGCAAGCAGCACAGGGCCUAGGGUGGACCCCAGAUGGUGCAGACAGAUACACUGGGACUUCACAUGUAUGCUGGAAGGACCCAAGGACACUUUCUUUCUGUCUCCCAGGCUUUACCGAACACUCAAGAUCUGAUCUGGGGGUCCUGAUCCCCUGGGAUAAGUCAACCUGGAGUAGAAAUUCCGGUCUCCAUGGAGCAGCUGCUGCGCGCCGAGCUGCGCACCAAGACACUGCGGGCCUUUGGGAGCUCCGGGGCCGGCUGCAUCAGCGAAGGCCGAGCCUACGACACCGACGCUGGUCCGGUGUUUGUCAAGGUCAACCGCAGGACGCAGGCCCGGCAGAUGUUUGAGGGGGAGAUGGCAAGCCUGGAGGCCCUCCGCAGCACUGGCCUGGUGCGGGUACCUAAGCCCAUGAAGGUGAUUGACCUGCCAGGAGGCGGGGCUGCCUUCGUGAUGGAAUACUUGAAGAUGAAGAGUCUGAGCAGCCAGGCAUCAAAGCUCGGGGACCAGAUGGCAGAUUUGCACCUUUACAACCAGAAGCUCAGGGAGAAGGCCAAGGCCCGGGAGAACACAGUGGGCUGUGGGGCCGAAGGUGCCGAGUUCCAGGGUGUGACCAAGUUCGGCUUCAACACAGUGACGUGCUGCGGCUUCAUCCCACAGGUGAACGAAUGGCAGGACGACUGGCCAACCUUUUUCACGCAACACCGGCUCCAAGCACAGCUGAACCUCAUUGAAAAGGACUAUGCUGACCGAGAGACACAAGAACUGUGGUCAAGACUACAGGUGAAGAUCCCAGACCUGUUCUCUGGUGUAGAGAUUGUCCCCGCCCUGCUCCAUGGAGACCUCUGGUCUGGCAAUGUGGCUGAGGAUGACCAGGGACCCAUUAUUUACGAUCCAGCGUCCUUCUAUGGCCAUUCUGAGUUUGAACUGGCAAUCGCACUGAUGUUUGGGGGGUUCCCCAGAUCCUUCUUCACUGCCUACCACCAGAAGAUCCCCAAGGCUCCAGGGUUCGACAAGCGCCUGCUGCUGUAUCAGCUCUUCAACUACCUGAACCACUGGAACCACUUUGGGAGGGAGUAUAGAAGCCCAUCCUUGGGUGUGAUGAGGAAGCUGCUCAGGUAGCAGAGGGCUGGGACCCAAUAAAAAGUCAAAGCGG